AUGUCUCGACUUCCUGGAAGACCACCGCCGGAGGCAUAUUUGCAGCCACCCUUGCGUAGGCAUCGAUCUGAUCGACACAAUUUAUCCAUAAAAACCAUUCCCAUCCCUUCAUUGUUACGUCAGACAUCGACCUCCUCUUCAUCACGACCUGCUGUCAAUAUCAACAAGAAGCCUAUUCAUCCAAAUAAAAUCCAACAUGCUUCGAAGUUGUAUAGCGAAUUUCGGAUGAAAGAAGGAUUGGCGCAACUCUCUCCGGACCCGAACGCAACAUCCUCCAGUAGCAUUAGAUCAUAUGGUCCUCCCAGCCUACCUGGACCUCUUACUAACGCCUCUCGGUCAUCCAGAGAUAUGACUGCACCGUCCUUCGAUGCAGUCUCAGAAUUUUCUUCGGUAAUAUCAUUCGAUACCGGUAGUCAAUCUUCAAGGAAAUCUGGGCGAAGAAAUGAGGCAUUCUCUUAUCAAGGCAACGCAGUAGCACAACGGACUAGGAAGAAGUUUGAACCUGUGGGAAGAGCUAGAACGGCUUUGAUCCGAUAUCUAGGGGCUUGCCAACAUUGUAAAUUUCGCAACGUCAAAUGCCUCCUAGAACAUCACGACAUCGAAAGCUUAGAACGUGCGCACCAAUCAAAUUCGACCAAACAAGAAUCCGACUUACAGUACAAUGACUCAGACCCUCCCAUUUACGAAUCCCAGGUACAAAACACUGCUUCUGAACAAGCUACACCGGUUACUUCACACGGUCAAUAUGAGGCAUUGCGAGGUAUUGGUGAGAAAUUUGGUGUCGCACCCGAAGUACCCUGCAAUGGCGAAGUGUUAUUUUCCCCUGGAGCAUUCGAUUUAGAAACUGGUUUCGGCCUAGAUAUAUACGAUUCCCCUGCCACAUUGAGUCUCGAAGCUCGAGUCACAGAUUUUUAUUCUCCCACUCAAAAUGGUGGUCAAUUUCCACUUGGGUUCUGGCAUGAUUCGACGUUCAGAUGCAACUUUCUUGACGGAGAUUGUCCACAAUCCUUCGCCGGUGCAGAAGCUCUCCAAACACACUUUGAGACCACCCACUUUGAGUUUACUCGCAUUAGUCCAUUUGAACGACUCAUUUGCACUCGCUGCUGCCGUGUCAUUGAUGAUUACGCUUGUAAGUGUGGUGGCAUCGUUAAAUUGUUCAUUUGUGGAAACUAUAUUCGGACUACACAAUAUCCAACCGAACCGCCAGCCAGACAACCGCAUUGUUGCUAUACCGGUUUACCUACGUCAAUAACCCGUUCAGAAUCAUCUGAUUCUAGCUUUGAUUUAGAGCAAGGACUUGGCUUCAAUGUCAAUGAGGCUCAGAUUUUCGACAGUGAUGCCAACGCCAGUCUUUAUGGCGGUGGUGAUAAUAUCUACCCAGGUCCUAAUGCUGGUGGGUUCGAUGCCUAUACUUAUGAUUCCACACAACCGGGAGGGAAUCGAUACAAUGGAUAUGCAUGGACAUUUACUCAAGGAGCACAUAAAGCUGCUACAGCUCCUAUACGCUAUUGUGUGAUGAAAUGUAGACAAGCCUCGAAGCAUCAAAAGGUCUUGAUAUACAUGUUACUAUCCUUGACAAUUAUCCUCGCUAGCCUUCAAAUAUACGAUUGGAUCACACUUAUAAUCAUCUCGAAAGUCGAUCUAUUCCUGCCUAGUAUGCCAACUCUGGGGUUCAUAGGAUUUCUAGUAUCUUUCAUUACAAGUUGGGCUGCAAAACGUAAUCAUACUGUUCACCAAGCGAAGAGAUGCAAGAUGCGCCGAUGUCCUCUUCAUGCUUUUACGCCCCCUAGCAAAUCAAUUCGGACAGAAGGUGCUGCCUGUCUUGCGAGAUACGAAAGCUUCUUGAGCCUAUGA